AUGGAGUCCAUAUCGCGGAUAUCAAGCCUCAUGGAGGCCGCGAGGGAGCUCACGCUUGACGCCGCCCAAGCUACUCGUGGCAGUCGCACGAGCUCCAGACUACUCGACCGAAACCAGAUGCGAAAGCUGCUCGACAGCCGCAACGAUCGUGAUGUGCUCGAAGGCCUACGACGCGUUGUUGCUAUGAUGUACCGAAACCAAAAGACCCUACCCUUCUUCUCCUCAGUCGUCAAAAACGUCGCGUCGCCUAAUAUCGAAAUCAAAAAGCUCGUCUACAUCUACCUCAUCCAUUAUGCUGAGCAGGAGCCCGAUCUCGCCCUCCUCUCCAUCAAUACGAUCCAAAAGUCCCUCUCCGACACCAAUCCGCAGGUUCGCGCUCUGGCUCUCAAGACCAUGUCUGGCAUCCGCGUACCCGUCAUCAGCCAGAUUGUCUCCUUGGCUAUUAAAAAGGGCGUCGUCGAUAUGAGCCCUGUUGUCCGUAAGGCCGCUGCUCUUGCCAUCCCCAAAUGCUACCGACUCGACCCGAGCCAAGCGCCGCAGCUUACCGAUUACCUGUCCACGUUGAUUGGAGAUAAGCAGUACUUUGUUGCCGGCGCAGCUGUUGCAGCUUUCCUCGAAAUGUGUCCCGACAGAAUCGAUUUGAUUCAUGAACACUACCGAGGCCUGGUUCGCAAGAUUGUCGACAUGGAUGAAUGGAGUCAGCUUGCCAUGCUGCGACUGAUGAGCUCUUACGCAAGAAAGUGUUUUCCUAGACCAAGAGCUGGAGCUUCGAGAUCUAAAUCUACGGAGCCUGCUUCUGCAGAUGACUUUUACAACGAAUCAAGAACCGAAGAGGCUGAUGCUAGCGUGCACAUUGAUCCCGAUCUGCGCAUGCUAUUGAACGCUAUUCGUCCUUUGCUACAAAGUCGAAACUCUGGUGUGGUCGUUGCUGUAACCAGGUGUUAUGUCGAGAUUGGCACCGCUGAAUAUGUCAAGCUUGCUGUUGGUCCCCUUAUCGCACUCAUGCGAGGCGCCCAAGAUAUUCAACAGCUUGCUUUGUAUAACAUUGUCUCGGUGUGUUUGAUGCGACCAAAAGAUUUCGUCAAGUACUCCAGUCACUUUUUGGUCAGAGCCACAGAUUCCGCGCCCGUAUGGGAGCUCAAGCUUGAGGUCCUGACUCUCAUCUUCCCUCAUAGCCCGCCGCAUAUCAAAAGUCUGAUUCUGAAGGAGCUCGAGCACUUUUCGCAGGGCACAAACAAAGGUCUGGUACAAGAGGCUGUGCGGGCUAUAGGCCGAUGUGCGCAAUCUGACGCCACAACGUCACCACGCUGUCUGAAGCUUCUUCUCAGCCAAAUUACCAGCCUUGACGGUACCCUUGCUGCUGAGUCGCUUACGGUCAUUCGGCACUUGAUUCAGCAGAACCCCGAUAGCCACGUUGGAACUGUUGUGCGCCUUGCCAAAAACUUGGACUCAGCCACUGACCCUCAGGCAAGGGCCACAAUCAUCUGGCUUGUUGGCGAGUUCUCUGGUCUAGAUGGACAGGACAACAUUGCACCAGACGUGUUACGAAUCCUCCUCAAAGACUUUGUCCACGAAUCGGAAGUUGCAAAGAGACAAAUAGUCCUGCUCGGUGCCAAGGUUUAUUUACACCACAUCAAUCGUCGUACAGAAAAUGAAAAGGCCGAGGCUGCAGAGGAUGACCCCCCUCAACCACUCGACACGCACCCUAUCGAGCGCCUCUGGGACUACCUGAUGGUCCUCGUCAGAUAUGAUGUAUCGUAUGAUCUGCGUGAUCGCGCAAGAAUGUAUAGGUCACUUCUCUCUGUGCCACAGCUUGCUACACUGAUGCUCCUUGCACCGAAACCUGCACCCCAAGCACCAAGCCCCUCAGAAUCAAGAAAGGGAUUUCCACUGGGAUCAGCAACGCUUGUACUUGAAGGUGGCGGCGGUCUUCAUGGGCUCAGCGGAUAUGAGGCGCUCCCUGACUGGGUCGAACCCGGCAAAGAGCCAGAUCCGAGACUGCGUGAACAGGACGAAGGACAGUAUUCGCGAUAUGAUAACGAGAGAGGCCCAGCACCUGCUGGCCAAGCUCUUGACGAAGCUGUGCGAGCUGCACCAAGCAAGUCCAAUGGCAUUGCGGAGGGUCUCGGUACCAAGACGCUGGACGACUGGCUUGCUGAGGGCGACGAAGAGGAAGAAAGUGGCGAGACAGAAGAAGAAGAAGAAGAAGAAGAAGAAGAAAGUGAAGAGGAGAGUGGGGAAGAAGAAGAACAGUCUGACGAGGAAGAAGAAGAUGAAGAGGAAGAGGAAGAGGAAACUGACGAUGACGGGGAGGAAGAUCAUUUGGUCAAGGCAUGA